UCCACACACACUGCAGACAACAGCAAAGGGGAACAAAGUUAAGAAACAACAGAUGUGCCAUAUGACUUCAUUCUUCUGCUGGCUGUUUUCCUCUUAAAUUGGACUUUUCCCCCUGCAUUUAACUUCAGUCUUUGACAAGUUGAAAAGCUACGGAGUCAUUUUGAUACACGUUAGACUUUUUUUUUUUUUUUUUUCCUUGUGCCAUCUGUGAAGACGUCAGGAUUUGUGCAGUGAGUUGUGUUCUCUUCUGCAAGUAGAAUGGUGCUCCUCUCGCUCGUCACCUUGGCCUGCGCCCUCCAUUGCUUUUCCGUGAGUGCUGAUGUGCUGAGAGCAGAGGCCUGGCUGCAGAAGUAUGGCUACCUGCCUCCUGGUGACGUCCGAGCACAAGCCAUGCGUUCACCGCAGUCCGUGGAGACAGCGAUCACAGCCAUGCAAAGGUUCUACGGCUUGACUGUCACUGGCUCCAUUGACUCCAACACAUUAGAGGCCAUGAGUCGUCCGAGGUGUGGCGUUCCAGACAAGUUUGGGCCAGAGCUGAAAAGCAACCUGAGGAGGAAGCGAUAUGCGGUGCAGGGAUUGAAGUGGGACAAGUCUGAGGUGACAUUCAGUAUAGAGAACUACACGCCAAAAGUUGGCGAACACGCCACCUACGAAGCCAUCCGCAAGGCAUUCAAAGUGUGGGAGAGCGCCAUCCCACUCACCUUCAGGGAGAUUCCCUACAGUCACAUCCGGGGCAAGGUGGACAAGUAUGCAGACAUCAUGCUCUCUUUCUCCGAGGGCUUCCACGGUGACAGCACACCGUUUGAUGGCGAGGGCGGCUUCCUGGCUCAUGCCUACUUCCCCGGUCAGGGAAUUGGGGGAGACACGCACUUUGACCUCGCAGAGCCCUGGACGACAGGGAACGUUGACCAAGGAGGGAAUGACAUAUUCUUGGUGGCGGUCCAUGAGUUAGGUCAUGCCCUUGGCCUAGAGCACUCCAACAACCCCUCCGCCAUUAUGGCCCCGUUCUAUCAAUGGUUUGACACGGAGAACUUCCAGCUUCCUGAUGACGACCGCAGAGGCAUCCAAACCAUCUACGGGACCAAAACCGGGGGUCCUCCUCCCCCGCCUAGACCCACGAAGGCCACCAACCCCAAGAGACCGGAGAAUGGUCCAGACAUCUGUGAGGGACACUUUGACACCAUUGCAAUCCUCAGAGGAGAAAAGUUUGUCUUUAAGGACAACUGGUUUUGGCGCGUGCGCAACAACAAGGUGCUGCCAGGCUACCCCAUGGCCAUCAGUCACUUUUGGAAGGGCCUGCCUUCCAACAUCAACGCCGCCUACGAGAGGGACGAUGGCAAAUUCAUCUUCUUUAAGGGUGACAAGUACUGGGUCUUCAGCGAGUCCACCAUGGAAAAGGACUCCCCGAAGAAUCUUAAGGACAUGGGCACGGGUCUCCCAACAGACCGAAUGGAUGCAGCUCUCUUUUACACCCCCACUGGACAGACGUACUUCUUCAGAGGCACUAAGUAUUACCGCUUCAACGAGAGGACUCGCACUGUGGAUAGCGGCUACCCGAAGCCAAUCAGCAUGUGGAGUGGCGCACCAGACAACAUUAAGGCAGCCAUCAUGAGCGAGGAUGGAUCAUACACAUACUUCUACAAAGCCAACAAGUACUGGAAGUUCAACAACCAGUACAUGAAGGUGGAGUCUGGGUAUCCCAAAUCUGUGCUGAGCGACUGGAUGGGAUGCGAGGCGGAUGAGCCCAAGAAGGGUCGUGAAGAGGUGAUCAUCCUGGAGGUGGACGAGGCACAGGGCGGAAUUGGGCCAAUCGCUGUGGUGAUCCCUAUCCUCCUCUUGGUGCUGGUGGUGGCCACAUUGGGGGUGCUGUUGUUCUUCAGAAAGUACGGAACACCACGACGUCUCCUCUACUGCCAGAGAUCCCUUCUGGACAAGGUCUAAAACCAGGGGAGCGAUACCACACAAGAGGGACCCACAGUGAGAGAACAAGGGGCCGGAUGGAUGACAAUGGAGCGAGCAUUGAGAAGAUGGAUGAUAGGGAUGUCCGCAUAGUUGGGUGGUGUUCUACAGUGCGUAGAAGGUGAAAUCAGGUGUUUUUGUAUGUUAACUAUUUACAUGUGUCACAAAUGAACAACAAGUCUACAAACUCCACUCUAAACCAAGACAAUGACUUCCCUUUUUUAAACACGCCUCCUCGCCCAACUGGACAACUGCGGCUGAACAGCUGUUCGACUCCGAGACUAACUUAGGUCUUAAAUCGGUUUGUUUUGGCCGCGUUACCUUUCCUGUAGUUUGAUUUGAUCCUACCACUACGCAGGAUGUUACAAACGUGCAUGUCCAUAAUAUUACUUUGAUAAAAGUUCAGUAUUUUAGGUCAAAAUGUUAAACCUCAGCGUUUGUCCAAUGAAUGAAAUGCAGAGAUACAAUUGUAUACUUUGUGUCCACAGGUGUAGGCGUGGCACGACUGGAGACGUUGCAUAGAUUGUCCAUGUGGUACAGACAUUUUUAUUGUUGUUGUUUUCUGUGCAAGCAGUUAGAAGGGAAAAAACAAAUAAGAAGGGAUGUUUUCAUUCCAGUGCAUUAGAAUGGUAGACUAAGAAGCAGCGCUGCUUGUGUGCAUGUGUGAGAAAGAUUCAACAAUACGGUGCAAUUUUGUAAUAAUUAUCUUUGCCGUUAUGUUAUUAUUAUAAGUAUGGUUAUAGUUAUUAUUGUUGUCUCCUCGUUUAUUUUUUUUCUUCUACAUUUGUACAUUGUCGCUAGGAGUCCUGCUGGACAGAGGCAUAGCGUGACAAUGACUUAAAAUAGUGGUUUACAGUUUACGGUGAAUUGGAUCGAAUCAGGCGGAUCAAUGUACUUAUCCAGACAUUAGCACACAAUAUUGAUCAUUGCUAUUUAUGAACACGUGGUGCUGUUUUUUCUUAGUUUUUUUUUUUUUUUUAAAGCAAAUUGAAGGUGAAUUGGUUGAGUUAAAACAAUGAUAAUGGUAAUUAUAUUUAUAAUGAUGAUUGUAUCAAUAAAAGUGAAUGAGAUUGUU